GUGAUUUUUGGAGUUUGUGGCACAUGGAGAUCUGCAUAAGUAGGUACCUCAUUCACUCAUCAUUCCACUUUGCGCGACUACAUUCGACAUUCGGUGACUUCGGAUUCCGACCACGGCAGUCCUGCUUGCCACAGUCACGACACGGGUUGUGACAAUACUUGACCUCUUUUGCACCUCGACAACCUGGGCUUGCCUUCCCGCAUCUUCGACAACUCCGCUUCGCCCGUUUGUUUUUGGGCAUGGAUUCCGCUGUCAGAACUGCAGCAUCAACCUUUCGCUUUGCCAGUGCCUGCGUGUGUGACUGUAACGAGCGAGGAGGUCCCUCACCCGUCGCUGUCUUGCGGCUCGACCCUGCUACGAACGUGAUACCGGCGGCGCCCGAAAUUGCGACAGCGAGGCUAUCAACAGCAGUCUGGGAGAAGGUGUUGGGAGUAGGACUCAUCGGAGGUUGGGCUGGGGGUGGCGGGUCAAGUGGAAGUAGCCCCGCUGAUGCAGAAUGCAAGCGCAUCGGGACUUCAGGGACGGCAGGCAUGACAUCAAGACGUUUGGGAUCACGAAUUUUAUUCAAAACGGGGCGCCGAAUUGCAGCUGUGAGUGCUUUGGUUUGCUUGAUGUUCGCGUUUCUCUUCCAUUUGCCAUUGUAAUAGACCUUCAGUUGCUCGGAUAACUGAGCAAUGAUGAGCCAGAUCCCGGCUUUGAUUAGAGGCAAAUACCUUGUAGUAGAUAUCUUUCUGCGUAUCUGCUUCUGCGUUCCACGCACGCACAGCGUCGUUA